AUGGACUCCGAUUGGGCACCGACGACAAAACGUCACCUCUCCAAAAUCCCGAUUCAAAACCUGGAAUCCAACCCUAGGAUCUCGCUGACUACAUCGAUUCCACUAUGGGUCCUCUCUUGGCUCUACCCGUCUUCAAAUCUGAAUCUUGAUGGCGAAACCUCCAAUCCUGUCACUGCAGAGCUUCGUUUUGUCGUCUUUGUGGGCUGGGUUUGUGAGAUUUAG